AUGCACAGCCUGGACGCGUCGAGUGGAAGAUGGGUGGUCACAUGGCAAGCCAUACUGCAGAUGCACUAUGUGCAUGGCCUAUGUGGGAAGAAGGGGUUCUUCGAGUACUCGCCGAGACUCCGCUGCUCGUGUCCUCCUGGAUUCGAGAUGGUUAAUCCAAACGUGUGGAGCAAAGGCUGCAGGCCGACGUUCAGCUACAACUGUGGUCAAGACAGGUACAGCUUCAUCCAGAUCCCUCAAACCGAUUUCUACGACUUUGAUCUUGGCGUCAACGACUCCAUCUCGUUUGAAGAGUGUAGAAACAUCUGCUUGGGCAUGUGCUCUUGCAUCGCUUUCUCUUACCGGCUGACCGGAACCGGCGUUUGUUACCCUAAAGGCCUGCUGUUCAAUGGCUACAAGUCGCCUGCAUUCCCAGGAAGUGUCUAUCUUGAAGUGCCCCUCACUGCUGACAUUCAGAUUCAGGUCUCUGAAUCACCACAAUCAGCUCUCACAUGCUCCCAUGUUGGUCCCAAGACUAGGCAUGAACCUUCAGAUCACAUGGACAGAUGGCUAUAUUUCUAUUUAUGUCCUGGAUUGUUAGGAGCCCUGGAGCUCAUUCUCAUCUUGACGACAUGGUGGUUCCUUUCCAGGAAGAAUGGCAAUGUGCAAGAUUCAACACAGGGAGGUUAUGCGGUGUUAAGAAAUCAGUUCAGGAGAUUUACUUACCAAGAGCUACAGCAAGCAACUGGAAGGUUCAGAGAAGAAGUUGGAAGAGGUGGCUCUGGGAUUGUGUACAGAGGAUUGCUAAAAGAUAAGAGGGUCAUCGCGGUGAAGAAUCUCAUGGAUGUCACCAAACACGAAGAGGAAUUCUGGGCAGACACGAAUGUGAUCGGGAGGAUCAAUCACAUGAACCUGGUUCGCACAUGGGGAUUCUGCUCACAAGGCAAACACAGGCUGCUGGUAUAUGAAUUUGUGGAGAAUGAGUCACUGGACAGGCACCUGUUCAGCGCGGAAAGAUUGCUCACGUGGAGCGAGCGUUUCCAUAUCGCCUUGGGAUCGGCGAGGGCCCUGGCUUAUCUCCACCACGAGUGCCUUGAGUGGGUUCUACACUGUGACGUGAAGCCUGAGAACAUACUCUUGACCCGAGAUUUUGAAGCCAAGAUAGCAGACUUUGGGUUAGCAAAGCUGUAUAAAAGAGAUGGAUCCAGUUUCAACUUCUCACAUAUGCGAGGAACAGCCGGUUAUAUGGCCCCGGAAUGGGCGAUGAAUCUGCCAAUCAAUGCCAAGGUCGACGUCUAUAGCUUCGGAGUGGUGCUCCUAGAACUGGUGGCUGGGAGGAGGAUUUCCAGCUGCACAAAGGAUGACAAAGUUAUCAAACUGAAACAAUUUGUCCGGGGUGUGAAGGAAGCUUUAGUUACCGGGGAUGCUGCGAGUAUAGUGGAUGCGAAGCUUCAUAGGCAGUUCCACACCGAUCAGGCGAUAAUUAUGAUGACGGCUGCUGUAUCGUGCCUCGCAGAAGAAAGAAGCAAGAGACCAACCAUGAAUGAAGUUGUAAAAUCUCUCUUGCAUUGCGAGGGAUGA